CGUUUAAAUCCAAUAUGGGCGCCAGUUGACAAGAAGAAAAAUAAUGAAAGUUUAUAAAUAAAAUUUCCUGUUUUGUCUAAGUUCAACUGAACAUUUAAGAUGUUCACUUUGCUCUCUGGAUUAUGGCGUUAUAUGUUUCAGAAAGAGGAAUACUAUAUACUUAUUCUAGGCUUAGACAACGUCGGGAAAACGGUAUGUGACAAAUUGUGUCCUGUUCGCCAGUGUUCGGUCUUCUGCUAUUUGUAUUGUACUUACGUUCAUUGGCUUUGUACUUUUUUUUGUCACUUCUUAGCGAAUUAUGGGCGCGUUGCUUGUGUUCUAUUUUACACAAGAAUUCUCAAUGAAAAUUGUUAAAUUAUGUACGUGUGAAAAAGUUUUCAAUUUGUGACGUUUGAUGUUUAUAAAUAGACCUUUUAAUAAUACCAGUUACUUUUACCCAAUGGCCUUGUUUCCUUGUUCAAAGCUUGCAGUUUGCCUGGCAGUUAGCACUAAUAGUUAAAAUAAGUACAACCAUGAUCUUUUCUGUGUUGGUGCAAUGUACUCAGGUGAAUAUGAUGCUUGUGAUGUUACUCUGAGUGCAUAUCCACACCGAGCAAGCUUGAAAAAUAUGCCUGGCCACGGUGGGAAUCGAACCUACAACCUUUAAUUGGAAUACUAGCCCAAUGCUCUGCCAGUGUAGUAUAACCAUGUAGAAUGCUGUUUUAAUAGUCAUAUAGUGUACAGUACAGUAUAUAGUAUAUGUUAAAACAAGUGUUUAUCCUGUUGUCAUUACACAGAUCGGCUGGUGUUAUGUUAUCAACUGGCCAAAUUAAAACCAAACUUAGCUAGCUGGUUAGGGGCCGCAUCCAUAUUCAUAUAUCAACGUUAUGAGUGGGUGGGUUUUUAUGUGAACUGUGUUUACAACCAUGUAGCAAUAAUUUAAUUUAUGAACUUAAUUUAUAAAACGAUUGAAGGUACAGACAACAGGACUGAGGAGUCCCAAAUUAAGUCCUACCUACACAUUACAUUGACAUUGUAAAACAAUAGAGACAGGUUACAACUUUAACAAAGCUACAAUACAAAAUUACAACACACGAUCAAUGCGUUCCAAACCAUUCUUCUUACACUUUCCAUAGUUGAUAUGAACUAGACAAGGACCGCCCAUAUAUUGCAAUCCUUUCUAAGUCAACUGCCUUAAAAUGAAGAGACCUGGGGCCGGUUGUAUCAAGCCCGUUUACCUUAAACGGUGGAUAAGUCAAAAUUAUAUGACACUCUUUUCUCUCUCGUGAAUCAGUCAACUUAAAUAUUGUGCACUAAAUAUGUAGUUGUAAACAUUAUCGUUCUAUUAAGGUUCAAUACUUUUAGUUUGGUUGUUGAAUGAAUCUAUAGACUUGCUUUCUAUUUGGAGCUUAACCACCGUUUAUGCUAAACGGGCUUGAUACAACCGGCCCCUGAAAUUUGCAAAGAAGGUUUGGAAAAUGAUCAAGUUAGAAAAAAAAAAUUAUACAUAUAGAUGAGUCAACAUUGUGCAGCACAGACAUAGUCACAGAAUACAGUAAACAUCCUAAACAUGCAUGUGCUCCAAGCUGUCCCUGCAUUUUCCAAAGAUAGGAUUUCAAGAAAGUAGACUGCCCGGGUAAUGCUGCAGUGUGCAGUAUAUUGUGCCAAGAAAGUUUCCAAGUUACCUCCACACGAUAUCAGGAAAUUGAGUUUACUUACACCUUUUCAACUUUUGGUAAUACAGUAUUUUGUCCCAAUGAACCUUAAUUUUUCAAUGUUAUUUAAUAGGAACUCCUCAAUAACAUAACAGUGAAACGUCGUGAUAAUUUUUAGUGAAUUCUCAAUAACUGCAAAUACUGAACUUUUGUGCGCAAUUCCAAGGUCGCCAGUUUGAUUUUGAUUUCAUAAGGUUUGCGUAAUUUUUGCCCUAAAAGUGACGUAAUUGCAUGCAAAAAUUAUAUUCUAGAGGAAAUGGAAAUGACAUUAUGAAAUGACAAUGCAUCAAAUUAAACCAGAACAGGUCAACAGGAAACUCUGAUACCUAGGAAUGAAGUUCUGUAGGUAGUAAGUUACUAAGUUUUUGCAUGUGUGCAUCUUGCAGUUAUUAUAGUUAAUACAGAUUUAUAGAUUCUUUUCGAACUGAUUUCUGUUUUUGUUAGUCAAAAAAAGAUAUGAAUAUAAAAUGAAGUGAACUAAAAACGUACUUAUCUAUUUAUUUAUUUAUUUAGCUUUGCUAACUAGGCAGGGUCACCACAACAGCAUAUGCCAAUUACUGUGGGCCCUUUUAUCUAACCCACCAGGGUCCCACCCUCUCAACUUUUUUUUUACUUGUUGAGUUUGUUUUGUAUUUAUUCAUUUUGUGUUCAGGUUAGUUGUCUUCGAUUAAUUGCCUUAUCAUUUUCUUGAAAUACUUUCCAAAACUCUGUUAAUAUUCUAUAAAAGGUGCUGUAGACUGUUUUCAGACAUUUUGCAAAUGUUCCGGACUUUGUACUUUGCCUUUAAAAAAAUUUCUGGACCUAACAUAAUUUAAUCAAUAAAAAUCAUUUUUUGGAAGUCUACAUGUGAGACCUGGAGUUCAGCCCCAUAUAUGUAAACUGUGAGACUCUAAAGCAGCUCUAAAGAGUCUAUAACUUAUAGUCUAUAUAAUGGUUAAAUAAUAAUAAUAAUGUUUGAUAAUCAUUGCCUGUAAUUAAUUGCCAUUUACGGCCGACUGCAGUGGCGAGAAUUCACUUUUUGCGAUGAGGGGGGUGGCAAAGCCUCCUAAAUUUCCGACAAAACUUUCAAAUUUCCCACAAGCCCCCAUUUUCAGUGGUGUAGCCAGCCGGACGAUUUAUUCCCACUAUGCAAAUUCAAAAUUAUUAUCAUUUCUUUAGAAAUUGAUUGUUUUCACAGUCAGUGAACACGAAAAUAUUUGCAUAGCGGGACUAAAUUGUCGGGCUGUCUACGCUACUGCCAAUUUUCACUUGAAAAGACCGUUUUUAGCCCUCUUUUAGGUCAAAAUUUCCGAAAAUUCAUCAAUUUUCCGUGAAGGUGGGCCCCCCACCCCACCAAGAUUUCCACCACUGGCCGACUGUGUGUUAUUUACUUCUAAUUAACAUAAUUUUUUUAGACUCUUUUGGAACAAAUUAAAAGAAAGUUUAACAGUGACUAUCGAGGGAUUCCUUUUGAGAAAAUUACCAAUACAGUUGGAUUAAAUAGUAUGUAUUAAUGCAUUGAACAAUUUUAUUAUAAAUAGAACAAUAUAGCAGCCCACCAUAUGACUUUCAAACAAGACAUAACAGAAAACAAUAAUAUUUAUUUGCCAACAUUUUAUUGUAUGUUAAAUACCGUAGAUUUUAUACAUUGCUCUGAAGAUGUUGUAAUAUAUAUAGACAACUGGGCUGGCUGCAACUAAUUAUUUUGUUUGGAACAACAAAUGUUCGGUGAAGACAAAAGUCUGGCCAAGACAAAAGUCCGGUCAGACAUUUAUCAAUUUUUCUUAGACAGUGGAUGAAGAAAAUUUUUCAUAUCUUUUUGAAAUUAGUGUGAUGUGCUUCAGCUGGCAUGUUAGUCUAGUACUAUACUGAGCAUAUAUCUACCAGUCUUAAUGUGUCAGUAAUUAAUCAUGGUUUAGGUUGAGGGUGGGAAAGGGUAUUUUCGUGAGCCGUGAAUGGUCAAUAUUUGUUCGCGUGAAAUGUGAAAUGCUUGAUUUUAGUGGCGUGAAAUGUGAUUUGUUCUACAGCUGUGAGGCGUGAUUGUUGAUAAAAAUGCUCCGUGGAAUGAAAAUUAAGGAUGUCUGUUUCGUGAACUGCGAUUUUGCUUUGUUUAUUUCGAUCUAUUUUUAAUAGACAUGAUACGCGAUAAUCAAUUUAUAUGAUCUCACUCGAUUGCACAAGAGUAAAAACUUCGGAGGCCUUUCGGAGGUUGUCGGACAUACUGCGAUUUGCAGUUGAGCUUAUAGAGACAGGACCGCGCAGUUUGAUCGUUGAAACGCACAAGUUACCAAGGGCAAAUUCAAAUGUUGUCAAGCGGAAAUGUGAAUGUUGUCAUGGGAAAUUUAGGCACUUUCGGCUUUUUGGCCAAUCAUAGUGAAGAAGGCGUUACCCCGAGCACAGAAAUUAUAUAUUUGAUUUGGGGCAACACCUUCUUCACUGCAAAUCGCAGUGCUCGUCACUCAAACUUCUAAGUUAUGAUGUAGUUUUUAACUGACAGGUUGUACCAUGCAUUAAACAUACUCUUUAUAAUAAACCUAUUAUUAUAUUAUUUUAUUAGAAUCUAGUUUUCCGUGAAAUUGCUUUUUUAAGACAUGUGAAUCGUGAAACGGCUUUUUUUUCGUUGUGAAACGUGAUCCAUACCCCCCCCCCCUUUCCCACCCUCUAGGUUAAAUCUUUUGUGAAAGCAGCCAGAAAUGAUGGGGGAUUGUUGUUUAUAUUGCUUUGAUUUUAUUAAUAAAUUGUGUUAACAAUCAACUUUUUAGACUUAAUAUUCGAUUGUACGUAUGUACAAUAGGUUUCAGAAUCAGAAUGUAUGCUGAGUAUGGAAAUGUUAAACCCGUCUUCAGAGAUGUGAGAAACUAGUUUCAUAUUACUCUUGACACUGCAGAAUACACUGACAAACUUGUUGUCUUGAACAUGAUCGGGGCGAAAUUCCUAGGAAAUUUGCUCCCCUUUAGGAAAUUCGCCCCCCUCCCCCCCGUUUAGAAACUUCAUCUUUCCUUGCUACGAGCUACGAAUCCUCGUUGACUUGAUAGGUCAAUGGGUAGAGCGGCCUGCUCGAGCCAACAAAUGUUUCGUUGUACUCUGUAGUGUCAGAAUAGAUGUAAAAAUAGAGAUGUUAAAUGAGGUCACACCACAUAUUUUCAUCCUUCCAGUUUUUUGUUCAUGUGGAUCGCUAGUUUGUGGUUUAAAAAAUUCAAUCUUUUCCAAUUUAGUCGGUAAGAUUGAAGUUUCUGGAGUAAGAUUAUUAUUUUGGGAUUUGGGAGGACAUGAAGACCUCCAGUCUCUUUGGGAUAAGGUGUGUAUAUACAUGUACUUCCUUUUGUGUAGAGUAUUACCUAAACCAUGGUUCCUCAUGUCCGAAAAAAUGUGUCCUGUUUUUAUGUCCAAAUAUUCGGGAAGAAUGCAACUACAUUCCUAUAUGCGUAUUACUGCUAAAAUGUCAAACUAUUAAAUUAUUAGCUAUACUAACGAUUGGCGACCAAUCAGAUAUUCCCAAGGAUGUUGAUUUCAUGACGUUGCGAAAGUAGUCGUAUUCCUGAAUGUUUUAAUGCAGAAACAUAUGACACUUUUUUGACAGAGAAGAAGUAUUCAUGAUUUUUACCUCCACCAGAAAGUCCUGGUUUCAUCUACGUUUGUAUGCAUGCAUCUGAUGCAUGUGUGUUCCUGUCUCUGUGUGUAUGUCUGUCAGGCAUGUACUAAAAGGCGAAACGUCGAAACGAAACGACCGAAACGAAACGGCCGAAACCAUCGAAACCACCGAAACGACCGAAACGAAACGACCGAAACGAAACAACCGAAACGAAACGACCGAAACGAAAUGACCGAAACGAAACGGCCGAUAAUAUAAAUUACAGGAAAAAUGGAAAAUAUUAAAAUAUGAAAUUUACGGGAAAUUUUAUUGAAAUUUUAAGAGAAUUGGGCUGUGGAAGCACUGGUUUUGGCGCCAAAAAUUGGCGCUAUUCUCACUUCUCAGUGGCGCCAUUGUUCUACACCAUAGACAAUUCUACUGAUGAAAGCAAAUAUGGAGACGAGGGAACUCGAGGAACAGGUACGCAUUUAAAGUUUAAUUAAUACAGUAAAUAUCUAUCCAUAUAUAAAACUAGUAUGCAUACAGACGAGAAUUUGGCAUAUUGAAGUGCAAAUACAACAGGCUUAACCCUUGUUUCAGGUUGUCUAAGGCCAGGUUUAGACGUCGAAGGCCAGGUUUAGACUGUAAUGCAAAUGAAGUGAAACAAAGAACUUAGCUCAUUAACAUUAGCCGAUUAGGUUCGGCGCAUGAAAUGUUCGACGUCACAACCUGAAACAAGGGUUAAACAAGUGUUCAUGGCUUCAUGCACGAUAUAAAAGCAUGUGAACAUAACUUGUGCCUGUUGUAUUUGCACUUCAAUAUGCCAAAUUCUCGUCUGUAUGCAUACUAGUUUUAUAUAUGGAUAGAUAUUUACUGUAUUAAUUAAACUUUAAAUGCGUACCUGUUCCUCGAGUUCCCUCGUCUCCAUAUUUGCUUUCAUCAGUAGAAUUGUCUAUGGUGUAGAACAAUGGCGCCACUGAGAAGUGAGAAUAGCGCCAAUUUUUGGCGCCAAAACCAGUGCUUCCACAGCCCAGUUCUCUUAAAAUUUCAAUGAAAUUUCCCGUAAAUUUCAUAUUUUAAUAUUUUCCAUUUUUCCUGUAAUUUAUAUUAUCGGCCGUUUCGUUUCGGUCAUUUCGUUUCGGCCGUUUCGUUUCGGUCGUUUCGUUUCGGUUGUUUCGUUUCGGUCGUUUCGUUUCGGUCGUUUCGGUGGUUUCGAUGGUUUCGGCCGUUUCGUUUCGGUCGUUUCGUUUCGACGUUUCGCCUUUUAGUACAUGCCCUGUCUGUCCGCAUGAUAACUUAAAAAAUAUGAAACGUAUUGAUACGCAAAUUUUGUAGACUGGGGCAGAGUAAACUGAAUGCAUAGUAGUUAGCCCAUUGUAUAUGACUGCCAAACAUGGUGGCUUAACUCUAUUCUAACUCUUAAUCUAUUGCACCCUAGUGUGCCCAACUUAUUGUUUUACUCUGUCUAAUGCCAGACCAUUUUACACGUCAAGGGGAGAGUGCUGGCACUCGACGUAUUAAGUAUAUGAGUGGAUAUCACAAUGAAAAACUGAAUUGUGUUUCUUGUUUGUCCUUGUUUUAUGACUAUUAUGUAGUAUUAUGAAGAGUGUCAUGGUCUUAUAUACAUUGUUGACUCAGUUGACAAACAAAGGCUUGAUGUAGCCUCUGCAGUGUUUAGUAAGUAUUUGUGUUUGUACGUGUGCACAGUACGGAUUAUAGAGGAAAAAUCUAUUCGCAAAAUUGUCCUCAUGAAAAUUAAAAAACUGACAAACCAGUGUCCAUUUCGAUGCGAAUUUUGUGAAUAUAUCGAUAGAAUUUCAGCCAUAUUCUUCUUUUUGCACAUCCUACAGUACAGUAGUGCAAAAAUAAAAUGAGGACAGGGGCUGGUUGUACCAUGAACGCUGAACCAUGAACCACGGAUAAAGGUCCAGACACAUCGGUCGUGAUUCGGCAACGCGACGCGAUUUUUUAGUUUUUGAAAGUUAAUAAAACAACCAAUGAAAGAUAUGUAGACCAAAUAACUCAAAAUGUUAUAGCGCUGCUAAAUAUUUUGAAAAUUGAAACUAGGAUCAAAGUUAUCGGUCAGCGAAAAUCGAAAAAUCGCGUCCGGUGUGUCUGGACCUAAACACAACUGAUUUCAAGCGCCAUGUUUUUUUACUAUGCCCACGAGAUAAGUGCCCAUACAGCACAGCCUCGGUAUUUUUCUGUAUGGCCAAUUUUGACAUCCUAGCUAAAAGCCUGUUGUCGGUUGAUCAGUAUGUUAGUAGGUUUCCCAUAAUAACCAUGGUGGAUCAUUGGGGAAAAUAUUUAAUAGGAUAUAAUUUUUAUUUUCUAUUCUGCCAGGUCAUGUCUUGCAAAGUUCUGAUCUUCAAAAUGUUCCACUAUUGGUCUUAUUUAAUAAGCAAGAUUCCCAGGUAUAGAUAGGUUCACGUUUGUAAUAUCCCAUUGCUCUUUCAACUUAUAAGCUGCCAUAGUCUGUGUCUGAACUACCUAAAAAAGAUAUUAACGUGCAUGGUGAUCCAGUGUAGGUAGUAGUAUUCUACAAUAAGCGGCCGUGGUUUGUGUCUGAACUACCUGAACAAGAUGUCUCAAACGUGUGGAUUCUGUGUGGGUGGUAUUCUGCAAUAACGUGGACUUCAAUGAUCAGGUUUCUUGCACUUCACUUGGUGGUAUUAAUAUUAGAAUGCUGUUGUUAGGGUUUGUAAUCUAAGUGAGUAUAUAUACAUUUUAAGACCUGACCAGGAACGACUGCGAAAAAUGCAGCACAAGGUACUGUAAUAUUAAUACCACCAAGUGAAGCGCAAGAAACCUGAUCAUUGAAGUUCACCUUAUCACAACCCGCACACCCGAUCACCUAUAUAUACAUGAAUUUACGGUUACAGCUCAACAGCUGGCCUCUGUAGCUCAGUUGGUUAGAGCGCUGCACCGGAAUCGCAGGGCCGUAGGUUCAAUUCCUACCAGAGGACCUUGUGCUGCAUUUUCGCAGUCGUUCCUGGUCAGGUCUUAAACUCACUUGGAUUACAAACCCUAACAACAGCAUUUUAAUUUCUGCAAUAAGCUGUCGUGGAUUGUAUCUGUGAACUACCUGAAAAAUAUAUAUCAAAUGUUGUUGUCCAGUGUAGGUAAUGUUCUACAAUAACCUGCCGUGGUUUGCGUCUGAACUACCUGAAAAAGUUUUAAUUGUCAAUGUUUCGAGCAAAAGCCCUUCGUCAAGACAUUAGUAACCAAAUUUAUCUCUGUGUGACAAAUUUUUAACACCAUGAUUUAUCAUCCAUAUUUCUAGAAUGCAUUGUCAGUGGAAGAUAUUAAGGAUGCAUUUAAAGAUGUCACACCAUACAUAGGGCGCCGAGAUUGUACAGUACAACCUGUUUCUGCUUUGGAAGGGUAAGGU